GGGGAAGAAGUAACUCACUAGAAGGCUGAACCAGGGUUAAGGAAGCACGGAGCCUGUGGGCUGGAAAGGGUGUGGGUAAAGCAUUGAAGGGCAAGGCCAAAUUAUAGUUGUGGGCAGGGCUUAGCGCCUCCUCGCUCUGACCGACCAAUCCGCGGGCACGUACCAGCUGUGGAUUCCGCCCAAGGCCCCGAAGAUCGCAACAUCUCCAUAGGCCGUCGCAGGCCGUCUUCCGGUCGGGGGGCGGGCCCCGCGCGGUGGCGGGAAAGCUGCGGCCCAGGCGGGACCUGUGAGACGCCGAGGGGUGGGAACGGACCUGUAGCGUGAACUCUUCGUCAUGGACGCUGCCGAAGUGGAGUUUUUGGCCGAGAAGGAACUGGUGACCAUUAUUCCGAACUUCAGUCUGGACAAGAUCUACCUAAUUGGGGGGGACCUGGGGCCCUUCAACCCCGGCUUACCCGUGGAAGUGCCCCUUUGGCUGGCCAUUAACCUGAAACAGAGACAGAAGUGCCGUCUGCUACCUCCAGAGUGGAUGGAUGUGGUGCUUCUGACAACAUUCCCAAGGCAGACAUCAUCCGGACACUGAUCAAAGAUCUGUGGGACACACGCAUGGCCAAGCUCCGGGUGUCUGCUGACAGCUUUGUGCGGCAGCAGGAGGCACAUGCCAAGCUCGAUAACUUGACCUUGAUGGAGAUCAACACCAGUGGGGCCUUCCUCACUCAGGCACUCAAUCACAUGUACAAACUCCGCACAAACCUCCAGCCCUCUGAGAGCACACAGUCUCAGGAAUUCUAGCCAGAGGCCUGUGAUGUGCAAACCCUUGCUGUCUGCUGGUGUCCAAGCUCUAGACCUAAUAGGCACUUGGCUCUGGAAGCACGAUGGUGGAAAGAUAGGUGUGCAACACUGGUGGAAGCUGUGAGUUUGCUACUCAUUUCUGUCAGAACCCAGCCACAUUGCAAGUUCAACUUCCAACAAAUGUAAAAGCCACCAGCAUUUCUCUCUAGUGAGCAUGGAGUCCUCUGUUCAGGCCAGUUUAGUUCAGCGUCUUCAAGUCUGACUGUGAAAGCUGUAUUCAGUUGAAAACUGGGGGUGGUGGUGGUGGUGGUGGUGGUAAUAUAAAAUGAUUUUCCUCUUAACAUGA